CCCUCAGCGGGCCUGGAGGAGUCGUGUUCUCUCGGCCGCCCGGCGCGACACCGUCUCCGGACCCAGCAUGUAGGUGCCGGGCGGCUGCCAUGAACUCCGGAGCCAUGAGGAUCCACAGCAAAGGACAUUUCCAGGGUGGAAUCCAAGUCAAAAACGAAAAAAACAGACCAUCUUUGAAAUCUCUGAAAACUGAUAACAAAUCAGAAAAAUCCAAAUAUAAGCCACUCUGGGGGAAAGUAUUUUACAUUGACUUACCUUCUGUCACCAUAUCUGAAAAACUGCAAAAGGACAUUAAGGAUCUGGGAGGGCGUGUUGAAGAAUUUCUCAGCAAAGAUAUUAGUUAUCUUAUUUCCAAUAAAAAGGAAGCUAAAUUUGCACAAACCUUUGGCCGAAUUUCUCCUGUACCAAGUCCAGAAUCUACAUAUAAUGCAGAAACCACUUCACCUCAUCCCAGCCAUGAUGGAAGUUCAUUUAAGUCUCCAGAUUCAGUGUGUUUGAGCAGAGGAAAAUUAUUAGUUGAAAAAGCUAUCAAGGACCAUGAUUUUAUUCCUUCAAGUAGUGUAUUAUCAAAUGCCUUAUCGUGGGGAGUAAAGAUUCUUCAUAUUGAUGACAUUAGAUACUACAUUGAACAAAAGAAAAAAGAAUUGUGUUUGCUCAAGAAAUCAAGCACUUCUGUAAGAGAUGUGGGGAAAAGAGUAGGUAUUGGCACACAGAAAGCAAGAACAGGUAGACUCAAAAAGCCUUUUGUAAAGGUGGAAGAUGAGAGCCAAGUUUAUAGACCAUUUUAUCUUCAGCUGACCAAUAUGCCUUUUAUAAAUUAUUCUGUUCAGAAGCCCUCCAGUCCAUUUGACGUAGAUAAGCCAUCUAGCAUCCAAAAGCAAACCCAGGUUAAACUAAGAAUCCAAAUGGAUGGCGAUAAAUGUGAUGGAAUCCCAAUUCAACUCCAGUUGAAAGAGAAGAAAAAAAAAGGAUAUUGUGAAUGUUGCUUGCAAAAAUACGAAGAUCUCGAAAAUCAUCUUUUAACUGAGCAACACAGAAACUUUGCACAGAGUAAUCACUAUCAAGUUGUUGAUGAUAUUGUAUCUAAGUUAGUUUUUGACUUUGUGGAAUGUGAAAGGGAAGUGCCUAAAAAGAAAAGAAUAAAAUAUAGUGUUGGAUCCCUGUCUCCUGUUACAGCAAAUGUCCUGAAAAAGCCUAAACCAAAAGAAAAGCUAGAAUUGCAACCUAUUUCUCACAAAGACUUCAGGGAAAACAAUGUACAGGUGACUGAACAGAGUUUCCUAUAUAAAGAAACCCAGAAACCUGAACAAAAGCUUGUGUUUAUUUCAGAACAUGACCCCUACCUUUCAAGUGAAUUGAGAAGACUUGAUGAGAAAACAGCUAAUAAAUGUUCCAUGUUAAAUACAACUGAAAAUGACAUACAACAAAAUUAUACACAUCUACCUCCAGAUAAAAAUGAACAGGGAUGCAUUCUUGAUGUUUGUGAACAUAAAUCAAUUAUAAAUGAAAAUGACUUAGAAGAACUAAGGGUAGGUUACUAUCCUUGUAGGCUACAGACAUCUAUACAAGUUUCUGAUUUCAAUAUGGAUAAUAGUGACUGUCAACCAAAACAAAAGUCAGAUACUGUGUUUCUUCCAGCAAAGGAUCUGAAAGAAAAGGAUCAUUCAAUAUUUGGUCAUGAUUCUGGUCUGUCAGCAAAAAACAGUUCACAGGAGCACCUAACAAUUCAGGCAAAGACUCCAUCCCAAAGUCGUCCCGAGGAACCCAGUGAGUGUGACAUCAAGAUUAUGGAUAAUUUACCUUCUGGUGAAAUCAGUCGGAAAGUGAAAAUAUUAGGAAGAAAUAUAAAAGAAAAUCUAGAACCAAAUGAAUUAGAUAAGAAAAGAACUGAAUGCCUUAUUACACAAGACGAAAACAGAAUUUGUAGUUCACCAAUACAAUCUCUACUGGACUUAUUUCAGACUAGUGAAGAGAAGUCAGAAUUUUUGGGUUUUACAAGCUACACUGAAAACAGUGGUAUAUGUGAUGUUUUAGGUAUUUGGGAAGGGGAAAAUUCAAAUAAUCUGUUGUCAAUGUUUUUCUCUUCUUCAACUUCUACAUUUACUGGUUUUUAGAGUUAAAUGCCUUUCAGAAGCAAUGAAGAUCAUAUUCUUGAAAUUUAUAUAAAAAAUUUAUAUAAAUAUGUGUAAAAUUCUUUUUGCCAACUUUGUUUACAGAACCAAAUGUAAAUGUUAACAAUAAAGAUGAUGUUUGCAUUUUUCUACACAGUUGAACACCUAUUAUAGAAAAAUUGUAAAAUAAACUUAUGGCUCUUAUUUUGCAU